UCUCCCGCCUCUCCGCCUACCCCAGCCUCCGCCGCUUCAGCUUCCCGAGCGAGCCCUGCGGCCGCCGGAGCAGCUCCCGCGGCGGAGCAGGAGCCGGAUGGUCAGAGGAGCCCGGCAGCCCCAGCAGCCGCGGAGUCGCCUGGCCCCCAGACUGACUGGCACAGUGGAGAAACCACCUCGAAAACGAAAAAGCAGGACUGAAUUUGCUCUUAAAGAAAUCAUGUCCUCUGGAGGUGCUGAAGAUGACAUCCCACAGGGAGAGAGGAAAACAGUUACAGAUUUUUGUUAUCUUCUGGAUAAAUCUAAGCAGCUGUUCAAUGGGUUAAGAGAUUUGCCGCAAUAUGGGCAGAAGCAGUGGCAGUCCUAUUUUGGGAGAACUUUUGACGUUUACACCAAACUCUGGAAGUUCCAGCAGCAACAUCGACAGGUCUUGGAUAAUCGGUAUGGCUUGAAGCGGUGGCAAAUAGGGGAAAUUGCUUCUAAGAUUGGGCAGCUAUACUACCAUUAUUACCUACGCACAUCAGAGACCAGCUAUCUGAAUGAAGCUUUCUCCUUCUAUUCUGCAAUCAGACAGAGAUCGUAUUAUUCUCAAGUCAAUAAAGAGGACAGACCUGAGUUGGUAGUUAAGAAACUACGAUACUAUGCAAGAUUUAUAGUAGUUUGUCUUCUUCUCAACAAAAUGGAUGUUGUGAAGGAUCUGGUAAAGGAAUUGUCCGAUGAAAUUGAAGAUUAUACUCACCGCUUUAAUACUGAAGAUCAAGUGGAAUGGAACUUGGUGCUUCAAGAAGUAGCAGCUUUCAUUGAGGCGGACCCCGUAAUGAUACUGAAUGAUGAUAAUACCAUUGUUAUCACAUCUAAUCGCCUUGCUGAAACAGGAGCCCCAUUGCUGGAACAGGGCAUGAUUGUGGGACAGUUAUCUCUGGCGGAUGCACUCAUUAUUGGUAAUUGUAAUAACCAGGUUAAGUUCAGUGAACUAACUGUUGACAUGUUCCGGAUGUUACAAGCUCUUGAAAGGGAGCCAAUGAAUUUAGCUUCCCAGAUGAAUAAGCCAGGAAUGCAGGAAUCAGCCGACAAGCCGACCAGACGAGAAAACCCCCACAAGUAUCUGCUGUACAAACCCACCUUCAGCCAACUAUACACAUUCUUAGCAGCGUCUUUUAAGGAGCUGCCUGCCAAUAGUGUGCUUCUGAUUUACCUGUCAGCCACUGGCGUUUUCCCCACAGGUCGUUCUGAUAGUGAAGGUCCUUAUGAUUUUGGAGGGGUACUUACUAAUAGUAAUCGGGAUAUUAUAAAUGGAGAUGCCAUCCACAAACGAAAUCAGUCCCACAAAGAAAUGCACUGCCUCCACCCUGGAGACCUGUAUCCUUUCACAAGGAAGCCCCUGUUUAUCAUUGUGGAUUCAUCCAAUAGUGUUGCAUACAAGAAUUUCACAAACUUAUUUGGACAGCCAUUAGUCUGCUUGCUUUCUCCUACAGCAUAUCCAAAAGCUUUACAAGAUCAAUCUCAGCGAGGUAGCCUCUUCACUCUCUUUUUGAACAAUCCUCUAAUGGCCUUCCUAUUUGUCUCUGGAUUGUCAAGCAUGCGUAGAGGCCUAUGGGAAAAGUGUCAAGAAUAUCUUCGAAAAAUCAACCGCGAUAUUGCCCAGCUACUGACCCAUUCACGUUCAAUAGAUCAGGCAUUCCUCCAGUUUUUUGGAGAUGAAUUUCUUCGCUUGCUUCUCACAAGAUUUGUCUUUUGUUCAGCCACCAUGAGGAUGCACAAGAUUUUUCGGGAAACACGAAAUUAUCCAGAAUCAUAUCCACAACUGCCAAGGGAUGAAACAGUAGAGAACCCUCAUCUCCAGAAGCACAUUUUGGAAUUGGCAUCCAUUCUGGAUGUUCGAAACGUGUUCCUUGAAAAUACCAUAGAUGACUAUUAAAACAAAAAUCCUCUUGUCAAAACAGUUUUUCAUUUGCCACAGAUUUUAAAUGGUGCAGUUUUCUAAUGUGAUGACAGACACAUACGUAGUGGUGUUACUUAGUUUUUAUUUUUUAAUUUAGGACCACCAUUUUAAAAACAAACUGAAAAAAAUGUUCAAACUUUUAGGAUAACUGUUUUAAAAUACAAUCUUUCAGAUCUUUUAAAACACUCAGUUAAUCUUGGAAUUUUUAUUUUUAUUUUUUUGAGGUAUGAAUACUUACCUAUAGCAUCUAAUCCUACACUCAAGUAGUCACUCUGAGAAGAGUAAAUUAUUUAUUUUUGUAUAAUGAGGAAAAUCCAACUCUUAAACUUGGACCUUACAUGUAUGGAUUAGGAAAAUAUGUAAUUGUUCAUGGAGAUGAAACUAGCCAGCAUGGACUAAUAAAAGUCAAGAACAGUCCUGCCAUAUUUCUUUUCAUUCCAAGUUAGUAGGUAGAAAAUGUGUGAUUCUUAGACAUAUAACCGAGACAGUUCUUGAAAUCAUUUGUUUAAAUACUGUCAGAAUUUCAGAAAUUGUAUAGGAUUGAUUUGCAUCUGAAAACCAAAUCUUAAAUUGGGGUCUUGAGGUGGUAAAUAUCAUUUGUAAUGUGUGAGUCCUCUUUGCAUAUUUUAUUUUCUUUGUAGUCUUUGAGUGCUGGA